GCCACAAGUCCCGCGCCAGGCCCCGGCCGCCCCCUUUCCCUGCGCGCGCCCGGGCCCUGCCGGAUGUUGACGGUGUCGCUUAGCAACGAGCGAUGGCGGAGCCGGGCGACCCAGUAGGCGGGUCUUUCCCGGAACGUGGGUCGGAAGACAAGAAGGAAGGUGGGACACAAGGCAGAAUGGAAGGUGGGACGGAAGCCAGGAUGGAAGCCCAGACGGAAGCCAGGAUGGAAGCCCAGACGGAAGGCAGGACAGAAGACCAGACGGAAGAUGGGACAGAAAACCAGAUGGAAGGCAGGACAGAACACAGGACUGAAGGCAGGACCGAAGGCGAGAUGGAAGGCGGGUCGGCUUCCAAGGCAGAAGAGCAGGACAAAGAAGGCAGCCCGGUGUCACCACUAAAGGAUGAAGACCAGGAAAGUGAAGAAGCUGCUGGUGCUACGGAAAAUCCUGAGAAGGAAGGCGCUGGUGAAGAAGUUGCACUUGAAGGCCACCCCACAUAUGAAGGGGACCCCAUGUUUGAAGGCUAUCCCAUAUACGAAGGGGACUCCCACCAUGAAGCCGACUCCAUAUAUGAAGAUGUUCCCAAAUCUGAAGAGGAUACCAAAUAUGAAGAGGAAGUUUGGUAUGAAGAGGAAUUUGAAUCCGAUUUAGAAACUGCAUCCCCUCAAGGGCAACUCAGUUCCCUGGGUCUGACCUAUUCAGAAAUCGGUCCUUGGGAACUACCUGCAGGGGAAGGUGGCCCCGAACACCUGCCUGAAAGAGGCGGCAGGGAAGAAGACGUGGAAGGCUCCCGCAGAGAGACACUCAGCACGUCGGAAUCAAGAGGACAAGUGCCUCCCACGACAGAGCUGUCCCAGGAAAUCCUGGGCUCAUCUGAGCACUUAGGCCAGGAUGCUUCUGAGUCCACAGUCAGCAGACUGACAAAAUCCCAAGAAGAGGUGGUGGAGAAGGUCUUCUUUCCCAUGGGGUUGCGACACCGCUUCAGGCUGAGCGAAGGAAGCAACCUGUCGGAGAUGGAAGAUCUCUUGCUGAGCAGGGAGGAGCAAGAGCCAGGAGUGUCCCUGGAGCAGCCCGAUGCCCAACCCACCCAGCCUGCGUUCCUGGACCGGAUCCAGCAGUUAAGCCUUGAGGGCAGGGCCCUGGAAGACAGGACGGAGUCGGAGGGGAGCGAUGAGGCAGAGGAUGAAGGAUCCCACCUGGUGGUUUUAGACCCAGACCAUCCCCUGAUGGUGAGAUUCCAGGCCGCCCUGAAGAACUACCUCACCCGACAGAUAGAGAAGGUGAAACUGGAACUUCAAGAGCUGGGUGUAGCCACCAAGCAGAGCCGAGCCCAGCGGCAGGAACUAGGGGUGAACCUCUACGGGGUCCAGCAGCACCUGGCCCAGCUGCAGAUGCAGCUGGAGAGGAGCCACGACCACCACUCGGCGGCCGCGUGUGAGAGGCGGCAGGUGGAGGACGAACUGGAGAGGGCGCGCAGGCUCUACGCCAAGACCAGCGAGGCCGCCGACGAGGAGCGCAGAAAGCUGGCAGCUCUGCAGACGGAGAUGGAAAACUUGGCUCUGAACCUCUUCUACAUGCAAAACAUCGACCAGGAUGUGCGAGAUGACAUCCGCGUGAUGAAGCAGGUGGUGAAGAAGGCUGAGGUGGAGAGGACGCGGGCAGAAGUCGAGAAGAAACGGCAGGACCUGUUUGUGGACCAGCUCACCACUCAAGCCAAACAGCUGGAAGACAACAUCGCCCUGUUUGAAGCACAGUACAUGGCCCAAGCUGAGGACACCCGGACUAUAAGGAAAGCAGUGAGCGAGGCCUGCACGGAGAUAGACGCUAUCGGCAUGGAGAAGAAGCACAUCCUGCAGCAGUGGGCCACCAGCCUGCUGGGCAUGAAGAGCCGCAACGAGGCGCACACGGCCAUCCUGGAUGCGCUCAGAGAGUGCCAGCAUCAGGUCAAGUCCAUUGACAACGAGAUUGAGGCCUAUAAGAAAUCAAUCACGAAGGAGGAGGAGAAGAACGAGAAGCUGGCCAGCAUCCUGAACCGGGCCGAGACGGAGGCCAGCCUGAUGAAGAAGCUGACCACCCAGUGCCUGGCCAAGCAGGAGGCCCUGCAGAGCGAGUUCAACACCUACAGCCUGUCCCUGCAGGAGUCAGAGGCCGCCCUGAACAAGGGCCACCAGGAGCGUGCGAUGGUGACCAGCGAGCUGCAGGCCGUUCAGCAAGCCAUCCUCCAGGAGCUGGAGCUGAAGAGGAAGAUGGACAAUGACAUCCGAGAGAAGCUGCAGGAGCACAUGACCUCCAACAAGAUGACCAAAUUCUUCAACAAGCUCAUCCUGAGGCUUCAGAAGGAGAAGACCAACAUGGUGACACAUCUCUCCAAACUUGACGGCGACAUUGCCCAGGCCACCCUGGACAUGACCAACACCACCUGCAGACUGGACAUGCAUCAGAAGACGCUGGCCGAGCUGGACAAGGAAGUGAGGAAAGUCAACGAGCUCAUCACCAACAGCGAGAACGAGAUCUCCCGGCGCACCAUCCUGAUCGAGAGGAAGCAGAGCCUCAUCAACUUCCUCAACAAGCAGCUGGAGCAGAUGGUCUCCCAGCUGGGGGGUGAAGAGGUCGGGCCCCUCGAGCUUGAGAUCAAAAGGCUGAGCAAGCUGCUGGAUGAGCAGAGCACCAGUGUGACGCAGGCCCAGGUGACCUGGCUGCGCCUACAGCAGGAGCUGGUCAAGGCCUCGCAGGAGCGGGAGGAGCAGCUGCAGUCCACCUCCAUGGUCCAGAAGGAGAUGCACAUCCUGGAGCAGAAGAAGCUGCGAAUAGAGAAAAAGAUCGACCAGGAGAAGAAGGAGCAGAAGGAGACGGACCGCCACAUGAGGGAGCUGGACAAAGACCUGAUGAAGCUCAACCUGCUGAUGAGCCAGAGCCGGAGCAGCUCGGAGGAGCUGCGGCAGAGCAACCUGGUGACGGAGCACGAGUUCGUGCGCACGCUGAAGGACGCCGAGAGAGAGACCAUUGAGAUGCAGGAGAAGCUGGACCAGCUGGGCGAGGAGAAGGCGGCCACCCUGAGCAACCUGGUGGAGGCCGAACACCAGAUUAUGCUUUGGGAAAAGAAAAUCCAACUGGCAAAAGAGAUGCGCUCCUCGGUGGAUUCUGAGGUUGGCCAGACAGAGAUCCGAGCCAUGAAGGCAGAGAUCCACAGGAUGAAGGUGAGGUACGAGCAGCUGCUGAAGCAGCAGGAGAAGAUGAUUCGCAGCAUGGAACAGGCCGUUGCCCGCAGAGAGACCGUCGUAAUUCGGGCUGAAGGCCAGAGCAAGCUGGACAAGAAGGCAAUCACCCGGACCGAUUUCCACCACAAGCAGAUAGAGCUGCGACGGAAAAUCAGGGACAUUUACAAGGCCACUGAGGAGUGCACCAAGACCGUCCUGGAGCUGGAGGGGACUCAGAAGAGCGUGAGCAGCUCACUCCUGAAGCAGCAGCAGCAGCUGUCAGCCCUGCAGGCAGACUUGGACGUGCUGGAAGCCGACCUGGACCGGCUCACAGCCCUCAAGCGACAGAACCUGGCGGAGAUCGUGGCCCUGCAGACCCGCGUGAAGCACCUGCAGGCAGUGAGGGAGGGGCGCUACGUGUUCCUGUUCCGCUCUGAGGAGGCUCUGCAGGUGGAGCACAGGCGCCUGGACAGCCGGCUGGCCCUCAUCGCUACCAUCCUCCGCCAAGUGCAGGAUGAGUACCCCCAGUUCCAGGAGGCCCUGUGCAAGGUCAACCAGCAGGUGGCCAUCAAGCUCCAGUCUCCGGGGCCUUCCCAGGGAACAGCCUGAACCCCACCUUCCUAGGCUGCUCCCCCAAGGAGGAGAUGCAAAAUUUCGUUCAUUAGGAGGGGCUUAGAAUCUUUUUCGUUCCUAUGAACUGUGUGCGUCCUCAGUAUGGAGUAGCAGAGCAGCCAGCCACUCAGCAGUUUAAAGCAAGCAAAAUGCUGAUAUUCCCACCAGCUGCUCCCUGGGAGCCUUCCCGUGGCCAAGGCGGUGCUGGUGCAGCCCACCCUCUCCUGCUGGGCCUCAGCCUUCCAAGUGACCCUCCAGUUUGUGAAGCCUGGGAUCCACAUCAGUUCCCCACAACACACACAGACCCAGGCAGGUGUGUACAAAAGCCAAAAGCCACAUGCACCCAGCCAGCCCAUCCUAGGAGGCACUUUACCCCUAAGUGUCUCCCUCUACCAGGAGCACCUGAAACCCACCAACUUUUCCACGGUUUUGCCAUCACUGCUCUCCCCCCAUGAAAACUCAGGUCCCUUCUACCCUCACCUCCAGUUUGAGUUAAAUUCACAUUCACAGCUUGCUGGAGAAAGUCAAAGCCCAAUUAUGGAAGCAGGUGACCACCAAAAUAAGAACAGACUGGCAGGUAAAUACUAAGAGACCAUACCCCUGUCUGCUGACCUAUCUCUUAUUUUUGAGACGGGGUCUGGCUGUGUUGUCCACACUGGUCUAAAAUCCUGGGUUCAAGGGAUCCUCUCACCUCCACCUUCCAAGUAGCUGGGACUACAGGUGUGACCGCCCAGCACGCCAUUUUUCACUAUUAACCUCAGGUACUCUUUCUCCCAUCCCCUAAAUUUCAGAGUACUAAUCACCUGUGGUUUCUUUGCAGUUUAAAGGAAGAAUGUUACAUAAAAUAAUUUCACCCUCAAACCUUUCAGCAGAAUAAAAUCUUUCUGAAUGUGGGAGUAAGGCGAAUUUCUUCUAAAAUGUUGCAGAAACACACAUCCUACAGCGAGGGGCACAGGGAGGUCUCAGUGCCCGCCCAGAGGCAGCCACACUCCUUGUUUGCCGCACACCCCGGUACUUUUUCUGAGCGUACAUUUGGCAAGAUACUUUGUUCAGUUUGUGUGUCUCAUCCUAAAAGCGUGACCAUCUUAAAGCAAGCAUUUUCUCAUGCUAUGUGUCCACGUUUUCACAAUCGUUGGUUUUACAGCGUAUCACGAUGUUUUGAUUAUCCCUUUAUGAAGUAAGUGCAAAUCAUGGAGCAAAUUUAAGGGGCUUCCAAAUUUUGGCUGUUU